GUCCAUGGUCUUAUCUUCAGCUACUUUCUUUUAGCUCUUCUCUCACCUUCCCCAUAUUUGGUAAAAACUAAGAAUUCAAGCUUGUCUUGUCUUCUGAUUAUCAUAUCAUACUUGCCCAAGUAAAAAAAACCCACUGAAACUGAGGUAUUGUCAGUUACUUACUGGGUUUUAUGUUGCUUUGGGGUUUCCAGAGUGAGCUUCUUAUCUCAUGUUCUUGAGGUUUCUUACUGGUUUUGGGGUUUAUUGCAGUAGAUUCUUCAGGUUGGCGGGGGAUCUUCUGUUUGUCUGUUUCAAAACACUCACAAUUAUUAAAUUGUUUCGAAAUUCUCGUAUCUCGAAAACUAUUAGAUUGCGUAUGAAUCUUGAAUUUGAAGAGAGAUUUGCGAAUAGAAUGAAAAUUAGAAGGGGAAAGUGUAAAAUAUUUAGCUUCAAUUUCAUUCACUUUUCCUUUCCCAUUUCUUUUCACUCUACAAAUCCUUACUCAAAUUCAAUAUUCAAAUACAGCAUAAGUGUUUUGGGACAAGAACAUGGAGAGAGAAUUAGGUACAGAUGAUAUUUGCCCUUUAUUUAUAGACUUGUUUUUCUUCUUAAUGAUUGAGGUUGAAUGAGGUCUACAUUGGAGGAGGCGUUGUGUCCCUUGUUUCAAUUUUGUGUUUUGUUGUGUUGGUUUACAAUCACCUUUUAGGUUAUGUUUGGAUAAUGGAUUUGGGUUGGGGUUUGAAAAAGGAAGAGAAAAUGUGAGGAUAAUGUGAAUGAAAUAUAAGUUUAAUUUUUUCUUCUUUUCCCUUGCCUUCUUCGUUUCUUUCUAAAUCCCUACAUAAAUCCAUGAUCCAGACACAAGCUUAAUAUAAGAAGUUAGAUUUUUGUAUAUAUCUACACUAAUAUAUAAAAUUAGAAAGAAGAAUGGUGGAUUUGUUAACUCAGGACCACUGUGAAUGAUGAAGCUACUUAAUCUUGUUGAAGAUUUAUGAUAAGCAAAUGGUAAAACAAAUUUUUGCACAUUUCAAAUCUCCUUAUAUGGUCUUUUUCUAUAUCAAAUUAAUUUAGUAGAGUCUGCAUAUCUUUCUGUUGGUUGGUUUCUUCUUUUCAAUCUUUUAGUUUCCUUAAAAUAUGAAGGGGAAAAAAAAAAUUAUGAAUACUGGAAGAAUGUAGCUUUUCUCCCAUUCUCUCCUCUUCCCUACCCACACCCAAAUAUGUUGCUGCUUUUGAGAGAAAUAUUUAGAUUAGGAUGGGCAUCAAUACCUCAAUGGAAAGCUUUGUGAGAAAAGAAAAGAAAAGAAGCGAAAUGGUCACGGGAUCCUUGACUGUUUUUUGCAUAAUUGAAGAGAGAAAAAGAAUAGAAAAUAGUGUGUUUUCUUUCACUCUAGUUGGGAAAAUAUAGAGGAGAGAAAGGAAAAGAAAAAGAAGUUUAUGCGGGCAAGAAGAGUAGAGCACAGAAAAUUAGUUUUUGUUAAAUUUUGGGACAAAACUGAAUUAUAAUGUUUUUUUCUCUCUCUCCAAAUCUCUCCACUUUUACGACAGAUUCCGAAGUGUUUUAUUUUUUAUGAAAUUUUGGUUUCCAUCCAUUUUUCUUCACUUUCUUUCCUCUUAAGCUACCCGAACAAGUGAUUGUAUAGGACAGUGUCCCUUUUCUUUUCUUGUUUUUACUUCCCAAAUCACUCAGUCCAAAAGGACUAAGUACUCAUUUCUUGUUUAUAAUUGGGGUAAAACAUAUUGAGCUUGUUAGUUCUUUUAUUUGAGUCAAACAGGUGGCCUGAUAAUGAUAAUAAGAAUUGAUGGUUAAGAAGUACUGACACUUCUAAGAAAGUGGCAUAUAACUAGUUCUCCUCGAGUUUGUCCAGAAUGCGAAGAUCAAAGAAGAAUUUUCAGGCAUUAGUUUCUCUAUACACAACAUAACUACUUAUUUGGUGUCAGCUCACCAUAGUCAGGAUAUUCAAUAUCGUACUUCACGUUGAAGCACUGAAGCUUUAGGCGAAGAUUUAAAUAACAACCGUUAGCAUUUGAAUUAAUCUCCCCUGCUAUUUCUCACAAGAAAAAGAAUCAAGCUUUUGAUUUAGUUGUCCUACUACCCAACAUGAAGCCUUCAAGUUUCAACCUAGACUCCGAAGAUGAGUCCGAAGUCAGCAGCCAAGUUGCUUCCAACAUAUCGAUCCAAGAAAUCACCCCCGAUCCCUCCAACGGCACCACAUCUUCCUGCCUCACAAAUUCAAUAAAGCUUCAACCACAUCCCGACCCUGUUUCCCUCGAUUUAACACUGAGCUUUGAUCCCAGUGAUGUCGAGUUCAAGGGCACUGAUGUUGGGUUCAAGGGCAUGGACGACACUAGCAAUGAGAAAACCGCUCAUGAUCCACCACCGGCAGCCAGAGUAUUUUCGUGCAACUAUUGUCGGCGCAAGUUUUACAGCUCCCAAGCUCUGGGUGGGCACCAGAAUGCACACAAGAGGGAGAGGACACUGGCAAAGCGGGCAAUGCGAAUGGGAAUGCUAUCUGAUAGGUAUGCCAGCUUGGCAUCGCUACCUCUUCACGGUUCUGCAUUUCGAUCACUUGGGAUUGAAGCUCAUGCCUCGAUGCACCAAAGAGUGUUGCCAUCGUCAACCAGGCCUUUUUCACAUGAGGCCGGAGUUGGUGGAGCGAGGUUUGAACAGAGCUAUUUCGGGUUGCCAAUCUUUAUGGAACACAAUGAAACAGAGCUGUUUUGGCCAGGAAGUUUCCGGCAACUUAGUAGUAAUGGCGGAGUCAGUGACGAUUUGGGUUUUGGGUCUGGACAAAGUUCGAACAUAAAUUUUGUAGCUAUGGCUCCGGCACCAAUAACAAAUUCGUCUUCACCUGAUCUGACGUUAAAGCUUUAACUUUGAAUUCCCAACAUUAUUUGCUGCUAAAUUUGCGUCUCAAUUUGAUGUUUUCUCCUUGUACAGUGAGAUAAGCGUUUGCGAUUGCAGCGAGCUUAUAGUUUUUUUCUUUUUUGCCU